AUGUCAACUUCAGUAAGUGGUGAUGCGAGCAGUAACGUUCGUGCGACCAGGGACAACAACACAACGCCAUCCAAUUCUGUGGCACGAGACAGUCAGGUCAUCGCUACACAGCAACUGCAAGAACGUGCUAUCACAGUUCUGGCGAAUGAACAAUUGAUGUUGAGAUAUGCACUUGCGAAUGAUUUGUCUGUGCCUAAAGUCCGAGUCUACUUCGAAAAAGUCGCUGGAGGCUUUGAACCGAAACCAAUAAUCAAGAAAUGGGAUGUCUUCGAAGAUUAA